GCGGCCAAUGAGAGUGGGGGGACCCCGGGACACGUGGGUGGGGGAGCUGUGCUCUGAAACCUAGAGCUAAAGCUGGGACGUGAGUCAGUCACCUUGAGCGGGGCGAGCGCCGUGGUCUGAGCAAGGGCAGCAGGGCAGUGGGAGUGCAGACUGAAAAAAUGCAGACCACUGGGGCUCUACUCAUUUCUCCGGCUCUGAUCCGCUGUUGUACCAGGGGUCUAAUCAGGCCUCUGUCUGCCUCCUUCUUGAGUAGGCCAGAGAUCCCGUCUGAACAGCCUUCCUACAGAAGCUCCCCGCUCCUGGUGGCCAGACGGGAGUUCCAGACCAGUGUUGUCUCCCGGGACAUUGACACAGCAGCCAAGUUUAUUGGUGCUGGGGCUGCCACAGUGGGUGUGGCUGGUUCAGGGGCUGGAAUUGGAACAGUGUUCGGCAGUUUGAUCAUUGGCUAUGCCAGGAACCCGUCUCUCAAGCAGCAGCUCUUCUCCUAUGCCAUUCUGGGCUUCGCCCUGUCCGAGGCCAUGGGGCUCUUCUGUUUGAUGGUCGCCUUCCUCAUCCUCUUCGCCAUGUGAGCCUCCAUGGGAGUCACCUACCCAUCCCUGCUGCUCCGACUCCAGGCCAUGCCCGGUGCUGGGACAUGCUAAGCUUUACCAUUAAACACAACAUUUCUCUAAACCCA